UAAUUACUCAUGUUUCUAUGAAACUUAAUUUUAUGAAAAUCGGAUCAUUAUUGACCAAGUUACAGCCGCCUUUCUACAGCGCCGUAACAUUUUCGCAUAACUUUUCUCGAUAAUCGUAGCCGUUGCUACUGACGCGUCGCUAUCUUAUCGCAAUCGUGAUACACCGGCUAUCUCCGGACUACUCCGAUUGAUUCAUGGAAUAAAUCGUCUGCUGAUCCCAAGUGUUCUUAUCAGUUUCUCGACCACGUGACCCCGCCGAGAGAUAGCCCGAUAAGGCGCGAAGUUUCCAAUCUGUGUUAUCUAUAGGUCUUUGUUUUGACAUAGUUCACUAACCAUCAAGACUGAAAUGAUUCAUGCACACAGGGAUUCUGGAUUUAUUGGAAUUUUUCUUCCAUUCAAAGAACUGCGGAUAUAUUGCUAUUCACACCAUCUUUCAUCUGUUGCAUGGUUGGCAUUAUUGCAUCACAUCAGUGGUUGGAAUCCAAAGAUGGGAAAUUGAAGGCUGCUGUUACUCAAGCAAACUGAACAUCAGCAUAAGCCAUGAGUAUUAUUCCGGUUCCACCGCCACCCCCCGCACCCCCCUCUGUGUAUUACCUACCUGCAGAACUUCUAGAGGACGAUGAAUUUGCAGAAAAACGUCAACAGAAGGAGCUUCAGUUUCACCUAGUAUCUGCAAUAGAGAGAGGGAAUGUAGAACUGUUACAAGAGCUUAUUGCAAAGGGAGUUAACACCAAUUGCACUCUCGUUAUAGAUAAAACGCCACUGUCUCUUGCCUUAGAUAACAUUCCAGUCAACGAAAAUAUAGUGCAGCUGUUAGUUGAUGCGGAUGGAACAGAUAUUAAUCUCGCAGAAAAAAGUCCCUUAAGGCUUAAACCCUUGCACAUGGCAGCUGCAAGGGGUAGUUUAACAUUGAUUAAAAUAAUUUCUGAUGGCUCAAAACGUGAUGAUUGCAACAUCGAUGUGAAGGACAGUGGUCUAGCAACGCCGUUACAUCAUGCUGCCUGGUUUGGUCAUGCAGAAAUAGUAAAGCACCUGCUUCUGCGAGGAUGCGAUGUUAAUUCAAAGGACGACUGUGGAAAAACUGCUCUGCAUAGAGCCUGUGAAAAGCAGUCAUUGGAGGUGGCCAAUGCUUUGCUGAACAACGGUGCUAAUAUAAAUGCUACAGACAAUUUUGGAUGGUCUCCCUUGUUUGACAGUGUAUUUUUCUUGAAAACUGAUGUAGUGGAAUACCUCUUGAAGCUUGGUGCAUCUCCAGACUUGAAGGACAUCUAUGGGAAGAGCCUUCUUGAUCUGGCCUGCUACAACAAUGUGUCGUCUGUUCAUUCUGACAAGCAGCCUGAGCGAGUUGUACUGGCCACUUCCUUUUAUUCGUAUGCAAGAAAGCGAGGCAUUCCGUCUCAAGAACUGCAGAUGCUGAUAUUUUUGCUGGACCAUCGCGUUAAUGAUGACGAUACUUUCAAAUGUGUCAAGUUGUUGUUGAAUGCUGGUUUGGACCCAAAACUGUUCCCUGUGGAUGGUUUCAAAACGGAAUCACUGACAGCUGCAGCAAAAGUCAGAGUGUAUUUAACACUGGCUGGGGCUUUCCUUUCACCCUUGGAUCCCUGGGUACACGAAGGUAGCUCUCAAAUCACCUGGCGACACUGGUUUCAGAUUGAGCUGCAACAACAGAUGAGUUUGAAGCGUAGGUGCCGCUACCACAUCCGCUCGUACCUGAGUUGCCAUGGUGAUGUGGAUGACUCAAUAAAACAGCUCCCGAUUCCCGAGGUUUUGAAAAGGAUUUUAAGGCUGGAGGGUGACUUUGAGGCUUUUUUAAGAUUUGCUAAAAAAUAUCAGUAGCUUAUUUUAUGCAAUAAUGUAGAUAUAACGUUUACAAUAUUGUUAUGCUCCGGGUAGGGUGGCAUAUAGAAGUUGAACUGUCUGUCUGUCUGUCUGUCCGUCCGUCCGUCCGAAAACUUUAACAUUGGCCAUAACUUUUGCAAUAUUGAAGAUAGCAACUUGAUAUUUGGCAUGCAUGUGUAUCUCAUGAAGCUGCACAUUUUGAGUGGUGAAAGGUCAAGGUCAUUCUUCAAGGUCAAAGGUCAAAAAACAAAAUCCAAGGGAAGUAAUAAGCUUUAAAGGGAGAUAAUUUCUAUUUUAUAUCAUUUGGCAGGUACAGAUCAUUUUCACAAGGGAAGUGAUAUUUUUUAAAAGGAUAUAAUCUGAAACAAAUUUUAAGGUCAAUGUCAUCCUUCACGGUCAAAAGUCAAAAUAUACUAUCCAAGGGAAGUAAUAAGCUAUAAAAGGGAGAUAAUUUCUAAACCUGCCAAAUGAUAUAUUGAAAUUUUAUUUUGAAGCGGCUCAAUAGGGGGCAUUUUGUUUCUGACAAACACAUCACGUGUUUAUUUUAUUUUUUGUAAUUCGAGGUUUAGUUUUUUGGUCUUUAAAAAAACUUUGUCACAGAUUAGCAAAUAUUGCAAUUUAAAAAGAACUUGUCAGAGUAAAAAAAUUACAUGUCAUAUUAAAACAAGCCAAAUAGCACUAUUGGUUUACAUAAAUGUUUCAACUUCAAACAAAAUGGCUUUUUUAACACUUUUUAAUCGAUAAUUUGUCAAUGUUGUGAAUUUUUAAUACACUGUAUAAUAGUGUUUACAUGUAGCUCUAAAGCAUUAAUGGGCAAGUGAUGGCGUGUCUUACAUUGUAUUUUGAACCCAAAAACCCAUGGAGUGUAUAUAGAUUUGUAUCCUAGUGAAGGCAAAACAUGUUGUUCAAUUUUUGUCCUUCUUUCAGCGAUAAUUGUUUUAGAUGUUUUAGAUAUUUCCAAAAGUAUAGUCAGUAAAUUAAAUACAUUUUAUGACAAUUUUUAACAUUUUGAAAGUCUAUGGGCAAGUCUGGUUUACAAUUACAAAAUUUAAUUUAAUUGAAAUUUUUUAAUUUAAAUUAACUUUCCAAAACAUAGCUUCAGAAUAAGUUUUUAACAGCUAGUCAGUUAAUACCUGAGUGCUAUCAAGCAAUUGUAUUCUUGUUUUUUGUGUGAAAUAAAUCCAUUUUAGAACUUUUUAAAAGUUUAUAUUUGUGUUGAAAUAUUAAUAUAAAAUAAAUAAGGGGUCUUCAGCUCAUUAUUGUGAAAUCUACCUGCAGACUUUAAUGUUUGCAUGCGCUGAAAGAAAAGUUCAUACUUCAUUCUAGUUUUAUAUGACUUGUUAGAUGAUUAAUUAAACCUCACUUUUUAUCAAAUAUAAAAUACUUAAAUAGAAAAAUAAAGUUCAGCAAAAAAAGUUAGCCUUGUAAGGAAGUGUAUAAAAUUAUGAUUUCAUUUCUCAGUUUUGAAUCCAACUAUUUGUUGUUGUUGUUAUUGCUUUGUGACCAGUGCAAUAUUUUUCAUUUCUAAUGCAUGUAUAGGAUUGUUUUGUAUUUCAAUAAUCUUUUUGAUGUUCUCUAUUAGUUAUGAGAAAUAAAAUCUUUAAAGUU